AUGAAUGACUGGGUGCGGCUAUUUGAGCUGUCAACCGUGCUGCUGACGGGGAAAGGUCAGCGAGCGGAGACUGCGCCGGGGACGGGCCUUGGGUAUGAGCCACAAGUGAAUGUCAACAAAAACAAGAACCAGACGCACGAAGAAGAAGCAGAAGAAGAACGAGCCUCCAAGAUGUCGCAGCGCUCUAGCUCCGAUCUUCCCCAGCCAGCGUCCACUUUGGCGAAGAUGGUGAAAGGUUCCGCCAAAAGCAGCGUGCCUCCCUCCAACAGUGCGGACAUGUGCCGACUGCCGGGCAGUGUGGGUUCUGCCAGUGCGGCAUCACGGUUCCUCACCACGCCGAGGCUACAGGACGGCUACAUGACGCCAUCAGAGACCCAGGUAGAGAGCAGGUCUGCGUUCGGCCACGGCCGAUUCCAGAAGACGAUGCUCCUCUGUGCACAGCUGGCAACUAUGCUCGCCUACUCCUACAGCUUCACACUACUAUUCAUCGAUCUUGAGCCGGUAGAGCACUGGUGUGCGCCUCCGCAGCAGUUCGCCACCCUAUCCGAGCAGACGUGGAAGGACAUCGCCAUCCCACGUGACUCUAACAGGGACUUCAAGCAGUGCGAACGCUACGAGCCGCUCGAUGCGCCAGCUUCACCCCUAGCAGCAUCCACGUCGCAGUGUGGUCCGCUGCGAAAGCUUCGCAUAUAA